UCAUACUACUAACUGCCAUGGAAUCAAAGUUUUUCUGACACUUAUACCCAUGAUAAUUUAGUUGUUGACAACUUUAUCCUCAUUUUAUACCCACACCUCACUUAUCUGCCGUGACCCACCCUCUUCUUCUCCCGCCGAUCAAUUUCUCCGCCGUGACUCGCCGUUGCUACUGCCGACUCUACCGACUUCGAAUUUGUCCCCUCUCGACUCCUCAGUCAUCUGUCUCACUGUCUCCCUCUCGUCAGACCUCCGACGGCGAUCACCCUCACGGAGAACUCGAUUCCUCAGCGUCCAUCUCCGUCGUCAUCUCACGGUGUUCUUGCUUCUCGGUUGCGUCAGAAUGGCUUAGGAAGAUGAAGCUUUAAUUUGUCAUUGGUUCAGAGGCAAGUGGCCGUGACGAGACCAGAAGGUCCAACUCCGACGAUCACAGGACCAUCGGUGACCCACAAGCAUCGGCGAUACUAAUCCCUCUCCAUCUGCCCCUUCAGAGUUCUUCGCCGAUCUUCCCUCUCGACGCCUCCUCUCAUCGCCUGCCACUUCUUCAAAUCCAAGCUCUGGAAUCAUUCAUGCAUGAUGAUAGGGACCUAUCUCGGAUCCUGUGCAGGUGCACCUUCUCGCUUCCCGAGGCUUCCCGUGCUCGAAUUCAACCACCUGCUUCUUGUUCCCCAGCAACUACAAGUGUCGAUAAUUGGAAGCCAUAAGCCAAGAAACAGGGGAGGAGCCCUGAGAGCGGCGAAUUCCGAUGGCGAAGGUUCGUACCUUGAUAUGUGGAAGAAGGCUGUGGAUAUGGAGAGAAAGAAUAUUGAGUUUGGGAGGAUCGUUGAGACCAGUUCUGGAAGAGAUGAUGAUGAAGGCGGUGAGAAGCCGAGCAUGGAGGAAUUGGAAAGGAAGAGUCGGGAGUUCGAGAAGAUUCUUGGAGUUCCGACAGAAGAGAGGGAUAGGAUUCAGCGAAUGCAGGUGAUUGAUCGGGCGGCUGCGGCCAUCGCGGCUGCCCGAGCAGUUCUUCAGGAGAGUAAUGUGUCGGAUACUGCCGUCGGUGGGGAACUGAAGAGACAAGGCGGUGAAGCAAUAGGGGAAAGUCAACAAGGAAUGUGGAGUGGAAUUACAUAUCUGCCAGAAUCAGAAAGUCAGAGAAAGGGAAUUCCAGGUCCUGAUUUUUGGUCCUGGACGCCGCCUCCAGACAGUAACGAUCCUUCAGAUGAUGUCAGGGGCUUGCAGGCAGCUAAAAAUCCUUCAGUUUUUUCGCCCAAUCCUAUUGCAGAGAAGGAAAGAUCUCUGCAAUUUUUCACAAUUCCAUUUGAAAGUCCACUUUCUCAGAUCAAGCCUAGUCCUAAUCUGCCCCCAUUUCAGUCAUCAGUAGAGGAUGAAAAACGAGAAGCCUCCAGGUCCAAUGUAGAGCUGCCUUCCUUGGAAGAGGAACAGAGAAGAGAUGCACUGUUUGCUGACCAUGCAAUUGAAGCUGCUAAUGCCCUCAAUGAUGUGGAUAAAUCAUCACCUAGUGGCGUGAAUCCAGAUGGGUCAAGAUGGUGGAAGGAGACAGGAAUUGAGCGAAGGCCAGAUGGUGUAAUUUGCAAAUGGACGAUGAACAGAGGUAUUAGUGCUGACAAAGCCACUGAAUGGCAAGAGACGUUCUGGGAAGCUUCUGAUGUGUUUGGCUAUAAGGAACUUGGUUCUGAGAAAUCAGGUCGUGAUGCACAUGGAAAUGUUUGGCGUGAAUUUUGGAGAGAAUCAAUGCGGCAGGAAAAUGGGCUUCUGCAUAUUGAGAAAACAGCAGACAAAUGGGGGAAAAAUGGCAAAGGUGAGGAGUGGCAAGAAAACUGGUGGGAACACCAUGGUGCGGGUGGUCAAACAGAAAAAUGGGCGCACAAGUGGUGUAGUAUUGACCCAAACACACCCCUUGAAGCUGGGCAUGCUCAUGUUUGGCAUGAAAGGUGGGGUGAAACGUAUGAUGGGAAGGGUGGCAGUGUGAAGUACACCGACAAGUGGGCCGAGCGGUCAGUGGAUGGUGGAUGGGAGAAAUGGGGAGACAAAUGGGAUGAAAAUUUUGAUCUAAAUGCCCAUGGCAUCAAGCAAGGAGAGACAUGGUGGGAAGGUAAAGACGGACAGCGAUGGAACCGAACUUGGGGUGAGCAACACAAUGGCUCUGGAUGGAUUCACAAGUAUGGGAGGAGCAGCUGCGGGCAACACUGGGACACGCACGUUCUGGAAGAUACUUGGUACGAGAGAUUCCCUCAUUAUGGUUUUUAUCAUUGCUUUGAGAACUCAGUUCAACUCAGAGAAGUUCCAAAGCCACCUGAUAUACAGGGAGUCUAGCCUUGAGGUCCCUCUCCCUUUUUUUUUUUUUUAUUUACUUGCGAAACAUACACGCUGCAUCCUGAGAGAAUGGCACUAGUCUUUAUAGUAUGAUCAUACCGAUGUUUUUCUGUAAGUGGAAGGCCAGGUUGUGUUACUCAAGCCUUGAUAGAAUUUUGUAAUAUUUUUGCAAAUUUCUCUGAGCUUAUCAUUCAUCGGAGAAGUGUCAGUGACCAUAAUUGCUCUUUGUUGUCCUACACUAUGGUGUAGCCUUUGUAAUCUAUACUUGCAUCACUCAGAAGGAUGUGAUAAUGGAGAAAAUUUCAGGUU